AUGACCAGUGAUUGCCUCAUGGACAGCGAGAAGCGAGUAACUGAGGAAGCAUUGGGUUUAGUUCUUCAGCUGGGAGUGUGCACUUUAAGUGCUAUAAACGAAUUCCCAGAUGAAAAUACUUAUGAAGUGGUUUAUCCCAGAAGACUUCAUCCACUACAUAAAAGAGAGGCAGAAAAUAUUAAGGAGUCAGACAAACAGGAGAAAUUUGAAACUGAAUUGAAGUAUAAAAUGACAAUUGAUGGGAAAAUUGCAGUGCUUUAUUUGAAAAAAACCAAGGAUCUCCUUUCACCAAAUUAUACAGAAACACAUUAUAAUUCCACGGGAAUGGAGGUCACCACCAGCCCGCAGAUAAUGGAUGACUGUUAUUACCAAGGAUACAUCAGUAAUGAAAUCAUUUCCGACGCCAGCAUCAGCACAUGUCGGGGUUUAAGAGGCUACUUCAGUCAUGGAGAUCAGAGGUACUUCAUUGAACCUUUAAGUCCCACAGAUCAGGUGGAACAAGCACAUGCACUCUUUAAGCAUGACCCUCGUAAAAUGAAGGUUAACGGUACCUGUGAGAUGGAUGAUGUGAUUUGGGCACAUAGAAACCCACCUGCCACCAGUCUGUUUAGAUUUAAUGACCAGAUGGUUCCAAAACAUAAGAAAUUCAUAGAAUAUUAUCUGGUCCUGGAUAAUGGUGAGUUUAAGAAGUACAAUAAAAAUCCAGAAGAAAUACGAAAAAGAGUAUUUGAGAUGGCCAAUUAUGUCAACAUGCUUUAUAAAAAACUCAAUACUCAUGUGGCCUUAGUUGGUAUGGAGAUAUGGACAGAUGAAGACAAGAUAAAGAUAACUCCAAAUGCAAGCUUCACCUUGGAAAAUUUUUCUAAAUGGAGGGGGAGUGUCCUCCCAAGAAGAAAACGCCAUGAUAUUGCUCAGUUAAUCACGGCCACAGACCUUUCUGGAACAACCGUGGGCCUUGCUUUCAUGUCAACCAUGUGCUCCCCUUAUCAUUCUGUUGGCAUUGUUCAGGACCACAGUGACAACCUUCUUCGCGUUGCAGGGACAAUGGCCCAUGAAAUGGGCCAUAACUUUGGAAUGUUUCAUGACUCCUAUGUUUGCAAGUGCCCUUCUACAAUAUGUGUGAUGGACAAAGCAUUAAGCUUCUAUAUACCCACAGACUUCAGUUCCUGUAGCCGAGUCAGCUACGACAAAUUCUUUGAAGCUAAAUUAUCAAAUUGCCUCUCUAAUGUGCCAUUGCCUACAGAUAUCAUCUCGACUCCAAUUUGUGGGAACCAGAUGGUAGAAAUAGGAGAGGACUGUGAUUGUGGAAGUCCUGAGUUUAAAACAGCUGGAACUGUCUGCAGACCAGCAAAAGAUGAGUGUGACCUGCCGGAAAUGUGUGAUGGUAAAUCUGGCCAGUGUGCUGAUGACAGGUUCCGAGUCAAUGGCUUCCCUUGCCAAAAUGGGCAAGGCUAUUGCUUGAUGGGAAUGUGCCCCACCCUACAGGGACAGUGCACCGAAAUGUGGGGAGCAGGAACGGAGGUUGCAGAUCAGUCCUGUUACAGCACAAAUGAAGGUGGGUCGAAGUAUGGGUACUGUCGCAGACUGGAUGACACACUCAUUCCCUGUAAAGCAAAUGAUGCCAUGUGUGGGAAAUUGUUCUGUCAAGGUGGGUCAGAUAAUUUGCCCUGGAAAGGACGCAUAAUAACUUUUCGGACAUGUAAAACGUUUGAUCCCGAAGACACCACUCAAGAAAUAGGCAUGGUGGCCAAUGGAACUAAAUGUGGAAAUAAGAAGGUUUGCAUCAAUGCGGAAUGUGUGGAUAUUGAGAGGGCCUACAAAUCAACUAAUUGCUCUUCUAAAUGCAAAGGACACGCUGUGUGCGACCACGAGCUGCGUUGCCAGUGUAAAGAAGGCUGGGCCCCACCAGACUGCGGCGACUCCACGAUGGUCUUCCACUUCUCCAUCGGGGUUGGGGUGUUGUUUCCCGUGGCUGUCAUAUUUGUGGUGGUUGCCGUAGUAGUCAGGCACCAGAGCACCAGAGGAAAGCAGAAGAAAGUUCAGAGGCCAAGAUCCAGCACUGGGGAUAAGCCACACAACCAGAAGAUGAAGCCCCGGAAGAUGAAAGCUGUCCAACCCCAGGAGUUGAAUCAGGUGAAGCUCCACAUACCUGAAAUGCCACUUGAAGGCAAUGAGCCUCCAGCUUCUAUUGGAAUAAGUACAGUGAGAAUUCGCCUUAGAAGCGAGGAUGAAAGUGAACUUGACAUUUUAGAUCUAAUUCAAGUGUUCGUGGAAACAUUAGACAAGUGUUUUGAAAAUGUCUGUGAACUGGAUUUAAUUUUCCAUGUAGAUAAGGUUCACAAUAUUCUUGCAGCAAUGGUGAUGGGGGGAAUGGUAUUGGAAACCAACAUGAAUGAGAUUGUUACACAAAUUGAUGCACAAAAUAAACUGGAGAAAUCUGAGGCUGGCUUAGCAGGAGCUCCAGCCCGCGCAGUAUCAGCUGUAAAGAAUAUGAAUCUUCCUGAGAUCCCAAGAAAUAUUAACAUUGUUGACAUCAGUGUAAAAGUGCCAAACCUGCCCUCUUUUAAAUAA